ACAAGGGAAGUAUACAGCCACUGGAGACUUUCUUGUCAUUGAUAUAGAGGAGAACCAGACAUUUGCAGAGGAGAAUACUGUACCAGGCAGCAUGAUCCAUGUUUCAAGAACGCCCAAGUUCUCCACUUGUGGGACUAUAAGUUUAGACCCGUCUCCUAUGGAAACAACCGCUGACCAGGACCAGAUCUUGAGCUCAGCAGCCAGACACAGAAGACCCAGGUCCCAUUCCUAUUACAGCCCAGAGGACGCCAAAAAGUAUGGCGUCGAGACGACGACAGAUGAGAACGUUGUCAGGCCACGCUCCAGGUCAUUCUAUAGUUACGAGACGUCUGAGCUCUACAGAGAGGGGAACUUUACCAGGUCCAACGCCAUGAGGCCGAGAUCCAACUCCCUGGAGAAGAGUGUGGACGGGAAGAAGGAGAAGAGUAGUGCGGACGGGCAUCAGGGGAUCCUACCUCGGCUCAACUCCAAGAGAUCCAAGUCCAACACCAACAAACACUUGCCAUGCAGAGAUCUCAAUGGCCGAAGAGGCAGUCUAAACGGUGUCCCCAUGAUGACCAUCUCUGAAUCAGAGAACUGGGAGAUCAGCUCCUGCUCUGGCAUGAAGUAUGGCCAGUUUGUGGACUGGGAGAAGAUCGACCCUGAAGCUUCAGAGCGCUACCAGAGGAUCCUGAAUUCGGAUCACCAGGAGCUGAAGACCAUGGGUCGAUCAGGGUUCUGGGUCAUGCCCCAUACACUAAGGGCCAAGGCCUAUUAUCAUAUAAUUCAUGGUAUCAACUGCAGGUCCAUCAAACUGGAUCGAGAUCAUUACCAGGAUGUGGCCAAGAAGCUCUUCGGAGAGCAGAAGAUGAGCACACACCCGUUCCCUGAGUACAUGGAUGAUGGCGUGAUCCCUAGGUACUGCCUCAACAAAGCUGGUCUCAAUUCUGUAAAAAAGGUCCUCCUCUGCAUUGGCAAGCACCUCCCGGACAUCAACUUCUGCCCAAUCCUCCCAGCCUUGGUGGCUCUCCUCCUGCAUUUCAGCGAAGACGAAGCAGAGUGCUUCCACAGCGUCUGCCGCCUUAUCGCCUACAAUGACCCCAACAAGCGCUACAUCGAUCAGACAUUCCUCACCUACCGGGCCUCCUGCAUGACCUUCGGCGACCUGGCCAACAAGUACUGCCGCGGUAUCCGCAAGCUCAUCGCCAGCUCCCACCAGAACCUCUUUGAGUUCUACUCCGAUUGGAUCAUGUGGAUAUUUGCCGACCUCCCCUUCACAUACGCUAUGAGGGUCCUGGAUGUCUAUCUUCUGGAGGGUUACAAGGUUCUCUACAGGGUGGCUCUGGCUCUUCUCAGCUUGUACAAGGUCUCGGUUUCGUCUCGUGUCGCCGACGUGGAGGACUUCAGGCGAGACAUGAAGAGCUUUGUGGAGAACGUGGUGCGUCACUGCACGGUGGAGAAGCUGCUGGAGAGGGCCUUCAGUAUCCAACUGGCCACGCGGAGGGAGCUCAACCUACUGUUCAACGCUAACAAGGACUCGCUCAUGCAGAAGGGCAUCAGUAUCCACCAGAAAAGGCAGUCAUGCCAGGUAGUGGAUUUUGACAGCUUCAGCUCCAGCGUUGUUACGGGGACAGAGAUGAGGAUUGUCUGGGCCUGGAUCCCUGAACGCUUUGCCCUCUUCAAUCCCAAAAAGCUGUUCAGCACCAACGAACAUGGCCGAAGCCUGGCCUCAUUUUAUUCCCGUGUUGAGGGGCAUGAGCCAGCGAUCUUGCUUCUGAAAACUGUGGAUGAAGAGGUCUGUGGUGCCUUCCUGUCGACAGAUUUGAUUGAGCGGAAAAAGUAUGAUUCAGAAGAACCUGCGUAUUUUGGGACUGGGGAGAGCUUUGUUUUCACGCUUCGUCCAGGCAUGGAGCGCUACCAACGGGCUGUGGUUAACAUUACGGCCAAGAGACAACCUUCUCCAGACCUUCAAGCUGCUCAGGUCUGUGUAUACACUUCCUCUGGUAAAGAGGACUCCUCCUCUACCCCACUCUCCACCACCUCUACUACCAACCACACCACCCUGACCUGUCCAGCCGGGACCCUCCAGGACCCCAGCUACCUGACCAUUCCCUUCACCUCCUCCUCCCCCGGACCUCUCUCCCCCUCACCCAAGAGGGCCAAGGAACAAGGGGCCUUCAUGUUCAUCGCCGGAGACCACGAGAGGCUAGUCAUUGGUGGCGAUGGGGGUCACGCUCUCUGCCUCCAGGCUGAUCUGGAAGGGGGCUACACGGAGCAAUGUGACACCUUCGAGAGCGCCGCUCUCUGCAAGAGACACUUCAAGAUCCGGUCAUUGGAAGUGUGGGGAAUUCAGAACUCCACCUCGUUCUCACACUACUUCUCUUACUGUCAUUAAAAGAGGAAGCUGACAUGUGUUUCCACCUCUUAUAUAAACUGGUUUCUCCUAAUUCUGUUGUCCAUUUGAUUAGACUAUAUUUUUCUUAAGGUUUAUAAUGAAAUAUUUUCUGUUCACACAAUUCAAAGUAGUUAUGUGUGCGGAUGACAAUGGGCUAAACUAAAUAGGGUUUUUACAGUGCUUUCGGAAUGUAUUCACACCCCUUGACUUUUUCCAUAUUUUGUUACAUUACAGCCUUAUUCUAAAAUGUAUUAAAUAUGUUUUUCCCCUCAUCAAUUAACACAUAAUAACCCAUAAUGACAAAGCAAA